CGGAUGUUUAACCAAGAGGCUGGAAGAAACGGAGCAGCCGCUCAAUAGGUGAGCCAUACUACCUGAACACGCUCAUCAACGAGACCCAGUGAGAACUUCGCAGGGAGCCCGCGUCUGAGACUAUGGCCGCAUCGACUAAGGUGCGCUGCUCGCACCUUCUCGUCAAGCACCGUGACUCGCGGAGACCUUCCUCGUGGCGCGAGAAGAACAUCACCCGCACGAAAGACGAGGCACUCGCUCUCAUCAAGGGCUACCGGGAGGAGAUUGUGUCGGGCAAGGCCACCUUCGAGGACCUGGCCAGCCAGUUCAGCGACUGCAGCUCGGCCGAAAAGAAGGGCGACCUGGGCCCCUUCGGCCGGGGCGCAAUGCAGAAGCCCUUCGAGGACGCCUCCUUUGCUCUCAAGGUUGGCGAACUCUCUGAGCCAGUCUUCACCGAGUCGGGUGUCCACCUCAUUUUACGCACGGCCUAGGCCCUGUUCAUAACUGCGCUUUGGACAGGGAUGUGUAACUAACACUGUAACUUGCUUUGGACAGAAGUGUAACUGACAGGCCACUUGACAGAAGGGUUGGCUGGCGCACGUGCUGAGCGUACAACUUGGCAGAAGACAGUGCUGUGGUGGUCAGCACGCAGCAUGCUUCAUGUGACUUCUUGAAGGCUGACUCGCAUUAAUUACACAAUAAGAAAUAGAAGCAAUAA